AUGGAGCUGGAGCAUUUCGAGGAGCGGGAUAAGGCGCAGCGGCAAAGCCGAGGAGGGAGCAGGCUGAACGGGGUGACCAGCCCUGCACACAGCGCCCACUGCAGCCUCUACCGCACCCGGAACCUCAAGACCCUCAGCUCGGAGAAGAAGGCCAAGAAGGUCCGCUUCUACCGCAACGGGGACCGCUACUUUAACGGGAUAGUGUACGCCAUCUCUGUGGACCGGUUCCGGUCGUUUGACGCGCUGCUGGCGGACCUGACCCGCUCGCUGUCCGAUAAUGUGAACCUGCCGCAGGGCGUCAGGACCAUUUACUCCGUGGACGGAACCAAAAAGAUCACCAGCACCGAUCAACUGAUGGAGGGUAAUAAUGCUUUUAUUAUUUUGGAAAACUGUUGCCAGUUUGUGUAGCUCUCUCUCUCUCUCUCUCUCUCUCUCUCUCUCUUUCUCUCCCUCUCUCUCUCUCUCUCUCUCUCUCUCUCUGUAUCUUUCUCUGUAUCUCUCUCUCUCAAUUCAAUUCAAUUUCAAUUCAAGGGGCUUUAUUGGCAUGGGAAACGUAUGUUAACAUUGCCAAAGCAAGUGAAGUAGAUAGUAAACAAAAGUGAAAUAAACAAUAAAUAUUAACAGUAAACAUUACACUCAAGUUUCAAAAGAAUAAAGACAUUUCAAAUGUCAUAUUAUGUAUAUAUACAGUGUUGUAACAAUGUGCACAUAGUUAAAGUACAAAUGGGAAAAUAAAUAAACAUAAAUAUGGGUUGUAUUUACAAUGGUGUUUGUUCUUCACUGGUUGCCCUUUUCUUGUGGCAACAGGUCACAAAUCUUGCAGCUGUGAUGGCACACUGUGGUUUUUCACCCAGUAGAUAAGGGAGUUUAUAAAAAUUGGGUUUGUUUUCGAAUUCUUUGUGGAUCGCUGUAAUCUGAGGGAAAUAUGUGUCUCUAAUAUGGUCAUACAUUUGGCAGGAGGUUAGGAAGUGCAGUUUCCACCUCAUUUUGUGGGCAGUGUGCACAUAGCCUGUUUUCUCUUGAGAGCCAGGUCUGCCUACGGCGGCCUUUCUCAAUAGCAAGGCUAUGCUCACUGAGUCUGUACAUAGUCAAAGCUUUCCUUACGUUUGGGUCAGUCACAGUGGUCAGGUAUUCUGCCACUGUGUACUCUCUGUUUAGGGCCAAAUAGCAUUCUAGUUUGCUCAGUGUUUUUGUUAAUUAUUUCCAAAGUGUCAAGUAAUUAUCUUUUUGUUUUCUCAUGAUUUGGUUGGGUCUAAUUGUGUUGUUUUCCUUCUCCCUGUCGCUCUCCUCUAUCUCCCCUCCUCAGGCGAGAGCUACGUGUGCGGCUCCAUCGAGGUCUUCAAGAAGCUCGACUACACCAAGAACGUCAACCCCAACUGGUCGGUGAACAUCAAAGCUUCGUCUGCGGCGGCUGCCCGUGGGCCCCCUUCUCUGGGCAGCUCCAAGGCCCGACCUCCAGACACCCGGGACCAGGGGGUGAAGGAUUUCAUCCGGCCCAAGCUGGUGACGGUGGUGCGGAGCGGGGUGAAGCCCAGGAAGGCUGUAAGGAUCCUGCUCAAUAAGAAGACGGCCCAUUCAUACGAACAGGUCCUCACUGACAUCACGGAGGCCAUCAAACUGGACUCUGGAGUUGUGAAGAGGAUCUAUACACUGGAGGGGAAACAGGUGAGAGAUGGGAAGAAAGAGAGAAAUGGAGAGGGGAGAGAGAGAAUGGGAGGGGGUAGAGAGAGAGAGUGGGAGGGGGUAGAGAGAGAGAAUGGGAGGGGGUAGAGAGAGAGAAUGGGAGGGGGGGUAGAGAGAGAGAAUGGGAGGGGGUAGAGAGAGAGAGAUGGGAGGGGGUAGAGAGAGAGAAUGGGAGGAUGUAGAGAGAGAGAAUGGGAGGGGGUAGAGAGAGAGAAUGGGGAGGGGUGGUUAGAGAGAGAGAGAUGGGAGGGGGUAGGAGAGAGAGAAUGGGAGGGGGUAGGGUUAUAGUAGAGAGAGAGAAUGAGGAGGGGAGAGUAGAGAGACAGAGAUGGGAGGGGGUAGAGAGAGAGAAUGGGAGGGGGUAGAGAGAGAGAAUGGGAGGGGGUAGAGAGAGAGAAUGGGAGGGGGUAGAGAGAGAGAAUUGGAGGGGGUAGAGAGACAGAGAUGGGCUGUAGUUGUGUUGCUAGAAGGGAACCAAUAGAAGGAUGUCCUGUCCCAUCUGGCUCCUUGUGUUGAUCCUCCUCAGUAUGAUGCUGGUUAGUUCCCAUCUGGCUCCUUGUGUUGAUCCUCCUCAGUAUGAUGCUGGUUAGUUCCCAUCUGGCUCCUUGUGUGAUCCUCCUCAGUAUGAUGCUGGUUAGUUCCCAUCUGGCUCCUUGUGUUGAUCCUCCUCAGUAUGAUGCUGGUUAGUUCCCAUCUGGCUCCUUGUGUUGAUCCUCCUCAGUAUGAUGCUGGUUAGUUCCCAUCUGGCUCCUUGUGUUGAUCCUCCUCAGUAUGCUGCCUGUUAGUUCCCAUCUGGCUCCUUGUGUUGAUCCUCCUCAGUAUGCUACUGGUUAUUUCCCAUCUGUCUCCUUGUGUUGAUCCUCCUCAGUAUGCUACUGGUUAGUUCCCAUCUGGCUCCUUGUGUUGAUCCUCCUCAGUAUGCUGCCUGUUAGUUCCCAUCUGGCUCCUUGUGUUGAUCCUCCUCAGUAUGAUGCUGGUUAGUUCCCAUCUGGCUCCUUGUGUUGAUCCUCCUCAGUAUGCUACUGGUUAGUUCCCAUCUGUCUCCUUGUGUUGAUCCUCCUCAGUAUGAUGCUGGUUAGUUCCCAUCUGGCUCCUUGUGUUGAUCCUCCUCAGUAUGCUACUGGUUAGUUCCCAUCUGGCUCCUUGUGUUGAUCCUCCUCAGUAUGAUGCUGGUUAGUUCCCAUCUGGCUCCUUGUGUUGAUCCUCCUCAGUAUGAUGCUGGUUAGUUCCCAUCUGGCUCCUUGUGUUGAUCCUCCUCAGUAUGAUGCUGGUUAGUUCCCAUCUGAUUCCUUGUGUUGAUUCUCCUCAGUAUGAUGCUGGUUAG